AUGUCCAAUGUAUCCACUCCUAUCAAAGCAUUCACUCCAAGAAAGAAAAUUGAAUCAAAUAAUCUUGAUCAAUUGAGAUCAAAAAUUGUAUCUGAAUCUUCAAAUUUAUACAAGAUUCCUUCAUUGAAAUCAAAUCAACUUCCAUUGAAAACUCCAAGUUUCCCUAAAAAUGAAUUGAAUAAUGGGUUACAAAAAAAUCAAGGAGUUCCUAGCUAUAUAAAGAAUGGUCAUAAUGGACAACAAUCACAAAAUUCAUCAAUUGCAAUUGAAUGGGAACAUCCAGAUUUAAUUAAAAUUGAGAAAAGAAUAAUUAAUAAAGAAUUAGAAACUAAGAAAACAGUUUUAAAUAUCUUAUUAUUAUUAUCAUUAAAAUUAAUUUUCAAUUUCAUAAAUUUAAUUUGGAUUAAAUUAAUUGAUCCUUCAAUAUCAUAUGAAUUUGAAUUUUUAAAUUAUUCAAAUAAAUUGUUAUUCUUUUUACAAAUUAUUUGUUUUAUAAAUAUAAUUUAUGGUUUAUACAAAAUUUUCAAACCACAAGAUCAAUUCACUGAUUUAAACUUAACACCAAAUCAAAGAGAAUUAUUAGGUCUAAAUCAAAUCCCAACAACAAUUACAAAAUCUCAACAACAACAAGCACAACCCCAAACACAAGCAUCACAAUCAAUUCAAUCAGAUCUUAAAACCAAAAAAUCAAAUACCCCAAUUGCAUCACCAAUGUCAUCACCAUCAAAACAAUUCUCCCCAAAAAAACCAACAUCAUCAAUCCCAACAACUGCCACAACUACCACAACAGGAACAGCUCAAAAUAAUAAAAUUCAAUCAUUAAAAGAUAUUUCUACACCAACUUAUAUACCAUCACCAAAAUAUUAUUAUAGAAUGGAUUCACCAAGUCGAUCAAGAAGAAGAAAUGUGUAA